AUUCGACGUAUCUGUCACUCUUCGUGCGCCGCAUGCGCCAACUCGAUGGUCGACUUUACCGACCGCACAAAGUGCAUUGUAGUUCCGGCAUAUUUCUUGGAAUAGAGGGCGGCCCAUUCGUUGGAACAACACGAAGAAGAAGAAAUAAAAUUGUGGUCGUGUCGGCUGGUAGUUUAGAAUUUAGGUUAUGAUGAGACUCGCGAUUGAUAUAUGCGUUAGAGUGAAUUUGUGACAGACGGCGGUAUGUUGUAGCAUCGGGAAUGAAUGCGGAGUAAUUGAAACGUACGCGCGAAUCGCACAACUCUUCGUCGACGUGUUAGAAUGGAGGAGAAAGAGUUCUAGGUAAAGCGUGAUUCUCCCUUGGUUACUUGACAGUUAUUUACUUAUUCGCGUUAUUAUAAAUCGGAUUGUGUGAUUUAGAAGUAGCAUCGCACACCUGCGAUGUGUCUUAGUUACAUUUCAUCUUCACUCAUACGUAAUCUUGCGAUUAUUUUAAAUUACGUUUGCUGGGAUGUUAUGAUGAUCUAAGAAAUUCGGCUCGUUAUAGGACUGACGUCAGUAACGUUGAAGGUUCACUUUCUUAUGCAAAAAAUGGUGGAGAAGAUUCCAUUGCGAAAAGCUAUCAUUAGACUAGACUAUCCGGCAAUCACAGCUUUUGGCAAUCCUCUGCUGGACAUCUUUGUAGUGCUGCAAAAUGAUGAUUUACUUAAAAAAUACAAUCUCAGAACAGAUGAUGAGACUGAGCUGUGCGAGACAAAGAUACAAGAGCUGAUAGCAGAUUUACCAUCAGAGUUGGAACAAAGAGUGAGUCCUGGGGGAUCUGCACAGAAUACAAUGAGGAUUUUGCAAUGGCUUUGCGAUGAGACUCAUGAAUGCCACAUCGGUACUUUCUGCGGUGGUAUUGGAAACGAUCAAAGAGGUUCAGUACUAGAGAAACUGGUCCGAUUAUCAGGAGUGGAUGUAAGAUACGCCGUGCACUCGACUCUACCAACGGGAUUAUGCAUUUCGCUUGUAAACGGCGCAUCCCGCAGUCUCGUUGCGAACCUCGGCGCGGCUAAUAUAUAUACAUUGGAUGAUUUCAAGAAAGUCAAUUUACGACUCGAUAAUGUGAAGAUAAUUUACAUCGAGGGAUUUUUUAUAACGCACAGUUUGGAAGUGGCCAAAGAACUGGUUAAACGGGCGCAAGAAAAGAAUAUUAUUAUAGCGUUCAAUCUUAGUGGUCUCUAUAUAUUCAAGGAUCAUCAUCCAGCAAUUUGCGAAAUGGUCGGUCAUGCUAAGAUUGUUUUCGGCAACGCGAGAGAAAUGAUCGCCUUGGCGCAGGCGUUGAACGUUAAAUAUGAUGAUGUGACUGAUAUACCUUUCCUGCUGAAUAGCCUAAAGAGGAUCACAGUAGACGUUUCCAGCUCUACCAGUAAGGACUGGUUGGCCGACGAUGGUAUAUUCGUCAUGACACGCGGUGGAUCCGCGCCGGCGAUUAUCGUGUGGGGUAAAGGACAAUCUGUUCAGGUACCACCCAUUGUACCGAAGGCGCCUGUUGUAGACACCACGGGCGCCGGAGAUGCUCUGGUGGCUGGCUUCCUGGCUGGUGUUUUGGCUCAUUGGGACCCGAAGAGUUGUUUGGAAUCGGGAUGCAGGGUCGCGUCCUACAUAACGACUCGUAUCGGUGUCACACUACCGAGCAGCGUACCUGCUGAUCUGUUGCUAUAACGACUCGAUCCGUUUAGGAUGAAUCGGCUGAAUCGUUACCUGAUCACCCGUAAUCACACGGUUAUUUAUUACCUCAAAGUUUUAUUAGUGCGUUAUCGACUAUUAGACGAAUGGUAAAUUAGCAUUCCUCGAUGUUAUAUACGUCCAUGUUCGAUUAAGAUAUAUUUAUUUAAGCGAGUAUAUAUUUAUGGUGCGCGCGCGUAAGCGUCACGCGCGCGCUGUGAAGCGAUGUAAUAUUUGCGAGAGUUUAUUUAUUAUAGAGAAUACUACUGUGUCGUACUGCUCGUCUUAUGAUUAAAUCGUGCGUUGUAAAGUGCGGCACUAUUAUAAUAAUAAUUAUUAUUAAAGAAAUAG